GCUCCUGCCGUCCUGUGCUUUCAAGCCCUGGCCCUCUCGUUUUCGCCCUAGCGAGUCGCCGAGUACCGAUCUUGUCUGAUUAUUCUUCCGGAGGAACACUGUCGGCCAAGCAUGGUCCUCGUUGCCGCAUGGCAUUGAUAAGCUGGCGUCCGCAAAGACAUCCUCUUCUCACUUGACAUCCGUGCGUCAGGAUGUGGGAUGCGUCGAAACAUCCUCACCUGCUUCAUCGAUGGUGGCUGGUACGUCGUCAGUGUUACACGUCGCGAAGAAGAAGCAGACUACAAAGAAGACCUAACAGCAGAUAGGUGACUAGAGUGACAGUAACCUGCAGUUGGAACAAGGGCAGUUGCUGUGAAAACUCCGACUAUGGCGGAAAGUUCUAAAGCGCAAGGUAUAUCGGGUCCUCUUCCUGCUUCACAAAAUGUUGGCUGGUUGAAUGAGGUCACUGCUCAGGCUUGGACAUUCAUCAAUAGUGCCGUGGCUCAGUUUGCAAAAACUGCUCUCGUGGAAGAGCUAGAAAAGCAGACGAGUCUUGUUGGAAAGCUGGUCAAGGUGCAGAAUUUGGACAUUGGAACAGAGCCCUUCUCAUUGAAUGGAGUUACUGUUGAACCGAACCCAAGAAAACUGGACAGGAUUGCUAUCGACUUUGACUUUACUUACGACGGUAAUCCAGACAUUGAUGCAACACUCGCUGGUGCACCGCUUGGUAUUGACAAUGUGAAGUUUGCAGGUCGCCUCAGAGUCAUUAUCGGGCCACUCAUGCAUCAGCUACCCAUCAUUGGGGCAAUUUCAUUCUUCUUUGUUCAUGAGCCGACGUUUGACUUCAACCUGACUGGAAUCCUGCAAGUCGGCGACUUUUGGAUAAUCCGAAAUGCAGUCGACAGCGCAGUCAGGACCUGCAUCCAGGAAAUUGCCAUUCUGCCAAAUCGGCAGGUGAUUCUCCUGGACAAGACUGGUGCAGUGGAUGCGAACCUGGUCAAGCAUCCAUUCCCACAGAGUGUAAUGUUUGUUACCAUUGUCGACAUCACGAAUGUGGAGGACAAAGAUUUGUUCGGCGGGGGAUCGGAUGUCUACGUCCAACUCAAAGUGGGUGGCAGUGAGUACCGGACUUCGGUGAAGGAUGAUGUAGAGACGACCACGGUUAUCUUCAAUGAACGAGUUGAUAUGUUGCUGGAAGAGACGUUUGAUCAGAUUCUUACCAUCAGCGUGUUUGAUGAGGACAACCUUCUCAGUGAUGACACACUUGGACACACAUCUGUCAAUCUUUCAUCCGUCGCAAAAGACACCACCAUUUCUCUCAAGCUGUCGGACACGAAGAAGGAGAGCAACAUUACGCUCUGCUUCCAACCCAUGCUGCUGUCACAAUGGAAGCCAAUAGUCAGCCCAAGGAAAGACAUAUCUGGUGAAACACUUCCCUCCCAUUUGCUUAUCGUGAAAAUUGGAGCCGUGUAUGACCUUCCGAAUGCAGACAGCAACGGCUACACAGCAACAGUGUCAUUGCUAGAUCAUGAACCGCAGAAGAAAUCUCUAGACAUCGUUACUGAUGCGGAGAGUGGCACAGUGCUGAAUCAUUCACCUGCAGAAGACAACCGUCAGUGCCGGUUUCUCAUUUCAAGAGUGGAUGGAACUAUCACAAUUGAGAUAUCUGACCGGGACGUCAGCAUAGGUCAGUUCAAUCUAACGUUCGACAACUUGAGGAUGGCUGAGGAGAUGUGCAUCAAGGGACAGUUCACACUGGAUAGCGGUACUCUGCUGGAUCUGCACUACCAACUCUUUGGAAUUGUUCCAUGCCCAUGAAUUGGUGGUCUACAUCCAUCUCAAUCAAAUACUCCACAUGACAUUCACUGAUGUUAACAUCGUGCUUUUGCCCUGGCCCUGCAUUGGUUUUUGCACUAUCAUUCUAUUCAAGCACUGAAUUUGGAGAACUGUACUUACUUUACACUAUACACGGUGAUACUUUUACGGCACAUGUUUCGACGUGUAGCCCUCAGUGCCAGCGAUGUGUUGCUAUGUUCCCUGUGAGUUUGCACAGUCCGCAGAUUUACCACAGAACAUGCGUGUAUACUCUCAGCUCAACAUUGCAAGUGCAAUGUGCCGCGCUGCUGCUCUAACUGUCUUGCACAAUGCUUAUGACGCCAGCUGCAUGUUUUCUACACCUUGCCUCGCCUAAGGUGCAAUGCUGUGUUGCUUAUCAUCUACCUGUGAUCUUCUUUCAAAUCAUCAAUGUUGGUAGUAAGUUGCUGCUAGCUUUGCCAUGACCCACUAUGACUAUGA